UCCCCAUCAGCUCUGUCACUUUUUGCGGGUGUACUAAUUUUUUGUAAUGAAAUUGGGUGCAAGGACGCGUGCGGAGUGGGGGCCGAUGCCGGCGUGACGGGCCGCCCUCCCCUGCAGACAGCAGCCGCCCACAGCGCUGCUUCCGUGUGGAGAAGGCUGGGUAUUAGCGAGCCGAGCGGAGCGGAGCGGAGCCGAGCCGGAGUCAUGGCUUAUCCAGGUUACGGAGCGCAAUUUUCUCAGUAUGGUGGUGCGCCAGGUGGUCCUGGUGGUGCAGGAUUUCCGGGGGCAGGCGGUUCGGGGUACCCAGGGGCUCCUGGAGCUGGAGGUUAUGGAGCAUUCCCAGGUCAACAGCAGGACCCACUCUAUGGAUAUUUUGCUGCAGUAGCUGGUCAGGACGGCCAUAUAGACGCUGAAGAACUUCAGAGGUGUCUUACUCAGUCCGGUAUCAGUGGCAGCUACAAACCAUUCAGCAUGGAGACCUGCAAGCUAAUGAUAUCCAUGUUAGACCGGGAUAUGUCUGGAACUAUGGGCUUUGCAGAGUUCAAAGAACUGUGGACAGUUCUGAGCAACUGGCGGCAGAACUUUGCUACUUUCGACAGGGACAGGAGUGGAACGGUGGAGCCUCUUGAGCUACAGCAAGCUAUUUCUACCAUGGGGUACAGAUUAUCUCCACAAGGUUUGAAUGGAAUAAUAAAGAGAUAUAGUACCCAUGGGAAGAUUUCAUUUGAUGACUAUGUGGCCUGUUGUGUGAAACUCAGGGCUUUGACUGAUGCCUUCAGAAGAAGAGAUGGUUCUCAGCAAGGGGUUGUCAGUUUUGCCUAUGAUGAUUUCAUUAUGUGCACCAUGUGUAUUUAACUGAAAAAAGGACUGCAAAGGAAACUAAGCUUCACAAAAGAACUGACCUCCACUUCUUGAGUGCCAGCCAAGCGGUCACAAUGUUAUGCAAUGUUAUACAAAAUGUAUAAAGAGAGAAGUGCAUGAAAAUAGAUAAUUAUAGUAUAUUUGGCUAAUUAUAUAAUGCUGCACCAGGUAACUGCUGUGAGAUUAGUUAUAACAUAUUAAUUAUGGACACUGAUUUUUUUUACUGAAUUCUACCAAAUAAUGCUUGAUUUGAUAUUAUAUAAUAUGCAAGCUUAUAAAAGUAUUAAAAAUCUAGAUUCCAUUAUGAAUAUAAUCAAAUUAAAAUACUUGCACACA